CGACUGGUCCCACCCCAAGAUGACGUCUCCGAAAAACAAAGCCAAGAAGAGGCCGCCGAAAGACAGCAUGACGCUGCUGCCGUGCUUUUAUUUUGUAGAGCUUCCCAUCGUGCUGUCCUCCUUGGUGUCCUUGUACUUCCUGGAGCUGACAGAUGUGUUGUCUCCGGCGAUGGUGGGCUUCCGCUGCCAUGACCGCGACCUGUCCAUGCCCUACAUGGAGACCGGGGACGAGCUCAUCCCGCUGCUGAUGCUGCUGAGUUUGGCCUUCGCUGGUCCCGCGGCCUCCAUCAUGAUGGGGGAGGGACUGAUGUACUGUAUGCAAUCCAAGCUGAAAACUUGUCCCAAGUCAGAGAGCAGCAUCAACGCUGGAGGCUGCAGCUUCAACUCCUUCCUACGCAGGACUGUGCGCUUUGUCGAGAGCAUCGGGCUCGCUGUGGGGGAGAAGGUCGGUCACAGCUGCGUGGUGUCGGCCGCUCGGAUGAACAGCGCCGUGGUCGUGUUCCUGGACCGCGUGGAGAAGGUGAACUCUGUGGUCGAGACAGGUAUCACCGUGAACGGCUGUUUUGUACAGGUACUGCCUUUGUCUCAACCCGCUACCAAGGUGGUCCUGUCCAAUGUCCCUCCGUUCAUCACCGAUGAGUUUCUCAGUAGAGAGCUGUCCAGACAUGGGAAGGUAGCGUCCCCCAUAAGGAAGUUGUUGUCUGGAUGUAAGUCUCCGUUACUGAAACACGUAGUGUCCCACCGCAGACAGUUGUAUAUGAUACUUAACAACCGGAACGAGGAGCUCAACCUCCGCUUCCAUGUUAAAGUAGAUGAUUACGACUACGUGAUUUUCGCCACUUCAUCGGUGAUGAAGUGCUUCGGGUGCGGCGAGGAGGGACACACGGUGAGAGCCUGUCCGAAGCAGAGUGACCCGCCUCCGCCCGGUCCUGGUGCGGCUGCGAGCGCUGGGGCCCCCGCUGCUCCUCCGGUACCGGAGCGACGGACCCCCUUUGCCCGGCGGGCUGCGCCCGCCGGGCCGACCGGCCCCCCUGGGGGGGUCGGUAGAGCACGCUGCGGUGCCGGCCGGCCCCCCCGGGGUGCCGGUGGAUCGCGCCGCGGUGCCGGUCGGCCCCCCCGGGGAGCCGGCCGCCACGGGGCCGACCCCCGUGUCCGAGCGGCCGAUAGCAGCUCCACGGGUUUCUCCGCCGACAUCUCCACGGAGAGGCGCGGCUGUGACCGAGCCAACACAAGGGGUGUUGUGGGCGAAGUAGAGAAAAAGGAGGUGGGAGGUAAAGGGGAAGAAGAGGAUGGUGCAGGUAACAAACAGGCGGUGUACGCGGUGGGAAACUUUAAAGCGUCGGAUGAAGAUUCUCCGGCCCUGCAGAGGCUGGCCCCGGCCCUGCAGAAGGACAGCCUGAGGGUGCUGAGCCAGAGGAGUCACGACUCCCUGUACAGGAAGACUCCCCGGGUGUCGGAGAGCCGGGAGGAGCUGGGGGCGGGGCUGGGAUCCGGGGCCCGCAGUAAGGUGAGGAGGGAGAAGGCUUCCCUGGCCUCCCUCAAGCGAGCGAGCGCCGAUGUGGAGCUCCUGGCAACCCGGGGUCCCAUGGGCAAGGAAACCAUGGUGACUUUCAGCAACACACUGCCCCGGGUGGCAAAUGGCAACAGCCCCAUCUCCCCCUCCGACGAGCCGGUUACCACGCAGCGCCACAUGACCUUCCACGUGCCCUUCGACCCCCAGAAGUCCCGGCAGCUGGUGUCGGAGUGGAAGCAGCGCUCGAUGGAGAUCCGCAGCCAGAGCUCCCGAGACGAGGAGGAGGAGGACGAGCGGGAUGGAGGAGACGAGGGAGGAGCGACGGCAGGAGACGGAGGAGACAUGGGGAUGCCCUCCUCUCUUUAUCCCACGGUGCAGGCCAACAAGGGGCUGGCCACACCGACGGGAGCCAGGAUGGUGGUGUCCCCCCCACUGGUUCACAUCCCUGAGGAGGCCUCUCGUCCGCCGCCCGUGUCGCCCAAGAGCGCCAAGACCCGGGCCAAGUGGUUGUCCCUCACGGAGGGGGGGUCGGUGAAGGAGCCGGGACCGGGGCCCAUCGCCGUGUCCACUCCCCGUGUUCCCAGCAUGCAGCCCAACCAGCCGCCGAGUCAGCACCGAGUCACUCAGGUGAUAGCGAUGUCCAAGCCGCAGACUCACGGACCAAUCACGUCGUCCGCCAAGACGUCAGAGGGCGGCUCCUCCUCCGGCGGCGGCUCCAACUGCUCCGAGUCGCCUUACUACCGGAUCCCCUCGGAUCGGGACAGCUGCUCCGGAAGCAACCCGGGAAGCAUCGCCGGGAGCGGGAGCAUCGUCACCAUCGACGCCCACGCCCCUCACCACCCGGUGGUGCGCGUGUCGGCAGCCAAUGGGAAGCCGUGGGAGUGGAGAAACACCAUCAGUGGGAACAUGUUGGCGGCUGACACGGCGGGGGACAAGCACCGCAUGUCUCUGCAGCGGCAGGACAAUAUCAACCACUACCGGGACUACCGGACGCUCCCCAUGAAGACGGACUCGCUCGGCUCCUCCUCGGCCAGCGGCAGUGCCGAGGGAGGGCCGGAGCUGCCUCCCCCUCCUCUCCCCACCUCCACCUCCCCCCUGCCUCCCCCGCCUCAGCUGUGCUCGUCCCCUCUGCCGCCGCCGCCCCCUCACUCGUCGUCCUCCCCGCUGCCUCCCCCUCCUCACCCGAGCUCCUCUCCUCUGCCUCCUCCGCUCCCUCACCCUGCCUCCUCUCACAUGCCACCACCUCCUCACCCGUCCUCUCAGAUGUCCCCGCCACCCCUCCCGUCGUCCUAUCACAUGCCCCCACCUCCUCACCCGUCUUCCUCUCCCAUGCCCCCGCCUCCUCACCCGUCGAUCUGUCCGAUGCCCCCACCUCCCCAACCCUCCGCCUCGAUGCUGCCGCCUCCUCACCCGUCCUGCUCCAGCAUGCUCCCCCCUCCUCCCCACCCCGAUUUACUGAUGGAGGCUCACAGCCAGUCACUGUCCCGCUCCUCCACGCUGCCCCGCCGGCCCUCCGCCCGCAGCCACGCGGAGCAGGAGCACUAUUACAAGGCUAUGCAGAACGAGAGGAUGUUAUAA